AUGGAUAGCGUUGGCGUGGCACGGAUCAUCCUUCAUUCAAACCUGCACUGCGACUUUGACCAGGUGCGGUCUGGGUUUGCGAGUAUCACAGAGACCGAACGUUGGCUACACAGGAGCAAGUCUAGACCAAGUGUGCAUGCUGGUUCCGCAUAUGUCACUCAGUGUAGGCUGAAGCCAGAACACGCAGCCUCGACAGGAUUUGGGUACGCCUUUGCGGUCAAAAGGCUCUUGUCGAUCGAUGCGGAGCUGGGUAGCGAAGAAGCGGAAAUCAUGAAACUGCUGAGAUUUCCUCAUAUUUCGGCGCUGCUGGGAACUUUCGAAGACUUGCAACUAUUUCAUAUCAUCAGCUAUCCCGCAGGCUGUUGCGACCUGGGCGACUUCAUGCACUGCAUUUCCGAGAACCUCAAGGGAAGAUUGUGGGAGUUCCGGAGCGAUCUACCGCAUAAGCCGAAGCCCGAAAAGAUGACGCAGCAACAAGAAGAGCGAGAGAAGUUGUAUAAUUGGAUCUUUGCGCUCGAUGUCGCUUGCCAGCUUCGGAUGUUGCAGCGGUACUUCCUUUGUCUUUGCCAGGCUUUAAGGUUUCUGCACGAGACCGGCGUUCGUCACAGAGAUAUAAAACCCGAGAACAUCAUCAUUGACAUACAUGGCAACGUCUUGUUCACCGACUUCGGAAUCUCUCGCAAAUAUGACAAGGAAAAAAACCCCAACCUAGCCAGCGAUAACAAGUCAACUGCAAUGACCAGAAAGUACCAGCCGCCAGAAGUUUAUAAGGGUAUGGACAGGGAGCUGAGAUCGGACGUGUGGUCCCUGGGCUGCGUAUUUGUUGAAAUGCUCACACUCCUUUAUGACAUAUCCUUGGACGAACUCAAUCACAAAUGUUUGGGGAACUUGGGCGAAUACUGCAACGCCAUCGACGAGUUACAGGCCUGGGUCACCAAGCUUGGAAACCAAGAACCGCAUAAGGCGUUGAAGGACGAGGGUGUCGCAAGGUGUCUUACUACCGUCCGGAAUAUGUUGCAUAUAGAAAUUGGACAGCGUCCACUUUCUACAACCUUGUGGAAGAGUUUUGAUUUUCCGCGUCAGGGGCGUUGUCCCGACUGCCAUCCAGAAGAAGACAGCGCUUGGCUCAAGCAUGCCUCCACGGACCAGCUCAAAGAUCGAGAUCUCGCCAGGAACAAGACGAAAGAAAUUCAGAAACUGAACAACGACUUGGGUCAGCAGUCACAAGCGGAGCAGCAAGCCUCCCAGCCUCUCUCGCAACCAGCCAGUACGCAAUUACAUGAAUCGAGCGAUGACACGCCCCGACGCCGAUCGAUCUCAGGAGUCCUAAAGAACACAGGAGAAAACCGACUUCGGGAACGCGGUAAAUCUCCCCAUUUCCAUGUCCAUUUCUCGCCUGGGAUUGGCGACCACGGUGGAGUGGGAGAAUCGCCACCACAUAGCAUCGCAGGAACGGUACGCGGUGCUGGAGCAUCACGACCUGGUGGUCCCGCAGUCGCACGCAAUGCCCUCAGAUUUGUACCAGAAGGAGAUUCUCCCAGUUUCCAUCUACCCACAAGUCAACGCGAACUGCUCGGGAUUCGCGCGACCAGCGAGAGAUGCCGUGUGCCAGAUCUCUCUGGCCCAGCGGGACCUGUACGAAGUGAGAACAGCGGUUUAGCCGGGACUCUUCCCACCCUCAACACGGGCCCUGCAUCGCCAGAUAUGUCAGGCUUCAAAUCUGACCAGCCACUUGUGCUGCUUGAUAUUUAUGUAAAUUAUCUGUCUCAAGCUUGGCCACAUGUCACCUACGGGGACAUAUCUAGCUGUUCAACAGAAGACUAUAUAGAGCGACUCUUGGUUUCAGAAGACACAGACCAGUACGAGAUCUUGUUUAAGGCCAGCGUCGUUGCGGCAUUCGACCUGUCGGAUUGGUCAGCCGCUCGCAAAAAGCUGGCACUGGACUAUGGUAUAUUUGUGUUGGUAAAGGCUGUCGACCGCGGUGUCAAGAUAUCUCUCAGAGCCGGAAAGGGGCCCGCGAGGUCGAGAAUCGCAGACAAUGUCUGA